AUGCAGAACUACAUCAACAUGAAUUGGGCCUUGUAUGCAAGAGUACAGCACUGUGACAGGAACUUCUUUGUCACACGUUUCCUCUGCAAGACCGAUCUAUUGGCAGUGUUAGAUAAUGGGCCAUAUGCCGUGCAUGGAGGUCUCUUAAUCUUAAGUAGAUGGUAUGCAGAUGAUGAAAUCGUCCUAGAUCGAGUGAGAAUCACGAAACUCUCAAUGUGGGUUAGACUUCACAAAGCUCCACUCUUGAAUUACAACUGGAGGGGAGCUAGGGAACUAGCGUCAAUGUUGGGUGAGGUGGAGAAAGUCAAAGAGGAUUCCACAUCCUUGAAGAAGGCUACUUACAUCCAAGCUAAGAUUUGGGUGGAACCAGCUAAUCCCCUGAUCCCAGCUUUUUAUGCGGUUUCAACCAGAGGUACACAUAAUCUGAUUGAAUGCCGAUAUGAAAAACUACAUAAGUUUUGCAGGCGUUGUGGCAGACUGGGCCAUCCACACCACAAAUGCCCAAUAGUGUCAGAUGUGGCUUUGGAUGCCUUCCUCAAUGACUAUUUCAGGGCUGAAGCAGAACGAAACCAUGCGCCUAUGCACAGGAAUGAACUCAGGGAGAUGUUCCUGGAGAUGAUAAAUUACUAUGCACUAAUAGAGGAAGAGAGAAUAAGAGAUGGUUUCCAUAUCACUAUGGAUGGGGAGCAGGGCUUUCAACCAAUGAAUGUUGAUGUGCCGCCAGGUGAUGACAGUGAUGACGGGGACAAUGAUGAUGGAGAUGCAGGGGAGGACGAUGGGGGGGAUGAUUAUUAUCACAAUGAGAAUCUGGACAAUGGAGGACAGGAAGAUAUGGACAUAGGACCCUCUAAUGCUAUACUUGGUGAUUCUGAUAGUCAAAUAGGAGAGACUGGUUUGUAUGAUCAGGAAUUUACUGCUCAGGAAGUUAGGGACCAUAAUACUCUGGAAGUUGUAAGUUAUGUAACUAGCCCAGGUGAUAGUAGUUCAAGUGGAAAUCAUGGAGUUAGGAACAUGGAGGGAGCAGCUAUGACCCUAGCAAAUAUAGCUACACAUCUUAGCUUGGAUAGGAAGCUUUUUCAGAUGAAGGGAAAGGAUGAUAGCCACAGCAGUGGACCAAGGACAGAGCUCAACCACAGUCACACUCAAAGGUUCGAAAGGAAGGGAAAGAGCUUUCAGGAAAAGAAGUAUGGCCGCAUGCAUUUGGCUUCAUUGAAGCAGACGCAAAAACAUCUCAGCAUGCACACACCACAUGAGAGGCACAAGACUUUAGACAGGCUUAGCAGAUGGAAAAGAGCUCAUGGAGCAGAUCAGAAAUCGGUGAAUAACAAUGGGAACCAUGAUCACAAGACUCAGAGACAGGAUGGCAAAAGAAGCAGGGAGGAAGAUCAGUCCGAAGCACAGUACCAGAAGCGCAGGAUUCUAGAGGAGGAGGAUAGAAAGCAGACUUCAAUCAUGAUCUCUAACCUAACAAUUGCUUUUGGUGACCAGGUGACAGUUCACGACCAGCUCCAAGGACUUGCGGUGGUUGAUCUUAAACAACCGCCUCAAGAAGUAUAA